AUGACCUUUAGUGGCGAAAAAACUUUGAAGCAUUUGACCCGCUUGAGUACUAGUGUCAAAUCCAUAAGAGGAAGACUUGCUACUCCUAAGCAAUUGUUAGAGUGGGUGCCCUUCUCGGACGGUUCAAUUACUAAGGAUGGUGGUGGAGUGGGAAUUUACAUAGCUUCCCUUGCCGAAGAUGUAUUACAAUUUGCAGUCAAAAUGGAGUAUAAGAUAUCUAAUAACGAUGCAGAGUAUGAGGCAACCAUCAAAGCUUUACAAAUGCUAGUACAUUUGAAUGUUGAAAAGGUGAUCCUUUAUACGGAUUCACAGUUAGUGGCUCAACAAUUCAUGGGUCAUUAUGAAGUCAGGGAGGAACGAAUCGAAGUUUACUCACAAAAGUUGAAAACGCUCUCAAAGAAAUUCGAGGAGUUUGUUCUACAGCAAGUACCCAAAUUCGAAAAUGGGAAGGUUGAUAUGCUGGCUCGAAUGGCUAGUGCACUGGAUCAGAUUUAG